AUGCUUCGUCGGGCAAAGCGUUUACGCACUAUCUUUGCGCCCUUUUGUGCGGAGUAUGACUACGAAGAGAUGCUACUUCAGGACGAGGAGUGGCGUCAGGUUGACUAUCUCCUUUGUAUUACUGAGCCAUUUUUUGACUAUACAACUCAGCUAUCAAAGACCCGAGACGUCAUAGCGCAUUAUGUGUUCAAGAUUUAUAACAAACUCUUCGAGCACCUUGAGCAGUUAAUGAAGCAGCUACGACGAAAGCGCGCUCCAUGGAAGCAACAAAUGCUUCAUGCAUUAGAGGCUGGUCGGACGAAGCUUGAUGAGUACUACUCACAAACUGAUUAUAUUCACGGGCACAUCUAUGCAGUCAGCACGAUGCUGGCACCAGUAAAUAAGUUCAAGUUCUUCCUUAUAAAGGAUUGGGAUCAGAAAUGGCGCGAUACCUAUCGCAAGUCCUUCUAA